AUGACUUCGUUGCCUCACGCAGACGAGGACUUCUUCUCUCAGUUCAAAGACUACAAGGUUGCAAAGAUACAGUAUGGGGUCGAACUGAAAGUUUCUCAGCAGGGGCCAGGAGGCGAAAGCUUCUCCCUAGGGAGGCCCAAAGGCAGUCCCGCCAACUUCUUCACGUCGUUAGGCCGACCGCAGCCGCCACCUGACUUGGACAAGAGCGAGAUGACUGAGGAACUGAAGCAGAGGGUCCUGCGGGUGAUGUAUGACGCAUUUGACAAUUACGCUCCUCAAGAGGUGGAGAGGUUGUUGGAUCUGCUGUGGAAGAACGGGCCGGAUUGCGGGCCUGACGGGAAUUCGUUGAGAUACUUGGUACGCGAACUGACAACAGUGUCACGAGUGCGCAUGUACGGCAAGGAUGCUGAGAUGUACGACCCGAACAGCUUGAUGGGCUUCUUGAAACAGCUCAACGAUGGGAUAUGA